AUGGGGGAGGACAUAUUUGACAUUUUAAUUCAUAACUACACGAAGACAAACAAUCAGGAAUUGAAGCAACGCUUGAGCAGAACGUCAGUCUCUUCCGACGUAGACAUCGAUAAAAUUGUGAAGGAAAGCAAGACAACUACUAUUACAGAAACAAGAGAAACAAUUCAUUUCCGACCUCGAAGGGACUCCAGACGAGAUGUCAGCUCCAGCUCGCUGGAAGUUCCUAUGCGAAAGCGAUUAUCGAUAUUGGACAGUUCCUCUGAUGAGAAGAGAGCACAAAAACAGGUCUCCCCGUCCUCAUCCAGUCACUAUCAUAGAGCACAGAUAUCGCGUUCAUGUAGUAGACCAACAAUACCGGACGAGGAAGUGCAAAAACCGCUGAGUGACAAUGAUGGGGAUCUGGCAGCUGAUUACGCGAACUUGGAGAAGGAACUGAAGGAUAUCAAUGAGAAGAACAAAGAACUCAGAACGAAAUUCUUUGGCGAGAAGAGCGAGACAGCAAUAUUGAGCUCUCCUUCACCAGUACCUGCGGUCUCGGCUCGGAUUCAAGAGUGGGAUUCCAUGAGCAAAAGGUCGGGUGAGAUCACUAGACGCGAAAAGAAAAGAUGUACUUUUGCCAGUACUGCUUGCGAUCUUGAACCAGAGAAUAUUCUGAGUCAUUCAUCUAUUGCCCCAGAAGUAUCAAUUGCUACGUUCAGAGUGAUGUUUAAAUUGUUUAAUCAGUUCUUUCUUCUUUGUUUGCAAUAA